AUGAGGACCAAAGCAUUGCUGCCCACUUCAUCGACCAACAUCCAUCUGUAUUAUCCCGUUCACGAUAUACAUACGCCUCCCCCAUGGGGCACAACGCUUCCUCUUCUUAAUGCAUCCGAUCUCCUCUUAAUCAACCUCGAGACUUCAGUAACAACCACAUCCGACCCAUGGCCGGACAAACGCUUCAACUAUCGCAGCCAUCCAGCCAACCUGGCACCGAUUCUCCAUGCCGCACAUGUCGACUACGCCACUCUCGCCAACAACCACACGCUAGACUUCGGUACCGACGGCCUCGUCGACACCGCCUGGACUCUGCGCGACGCCGGCGUCCCGUUCUCUGGAGCCGGCGAAACAACAGACCAAGCGUAUAAACCAGCUACGCUGUGGCUGCCCCGCACCGCGCAGGAGUACCAUUCCCGCCAUGUGAAGGGAGCAAAGCAGCCGGGCACCUGGAAAGACCGGCCUGAUCCCGGUGGCUAUCGUGUUCAUGUCUAUUCGGCGUCAGACCACCCGCGCGACUGGAACGUUGUCCCGACAUUCCAUAUGAUCGAUUACUCUCCGGCGACCCGGGUGCGCCUGCGAACUCUUCUGCUCUCCAAUGGAUCGACAGAGGAGCACCUCGGAGAAUCAGAGACGGCUCAUGGUGCGGCUUUCGGUGAUGGGAGCGAGGGACGCCGCCAUAGUCACGCGAGUAGACCGCCGAAUGCGCCGCCGGGCCUCAAAAUAUUCUCCGUCCACUGGGGCCCGAAUUACAGGUGGCAGCCCUCAGAGCGGAUACGUGCCUUGGCGCACUUCCUGAUUGACGAGUGUGAGGUUGAUAUCGUACACGGGCAUUCAUCCCAUCAUGUGCAGGGGGUGGAGGUGUACCGUGGCAAGAUUAUCAUAUAUGGGUGUGGUGAUUUUGUUGACGAUUAUGUGCUGAAUGAGGAGUAUAGGAAUGAUCUCGGGGCUGUAUGGCGUGUUUUCGUCAGUCAGCGUGAAGGGGCAGAAGGGAAAAAAGAACUUGUGCUUGAUCGGCUAGAGAUAUAUCCUACUCGGAUCGAACUAUUUAGGUCAUUACUUCUUGAAAAGGAAGAUGUUGAUCACCGGCUGACGAGGGAGAAGAUUACUGCACUAAGUGGUGAUUUGGGAACAAGGAUAAGCGAGGAUCUUGGGGAGAAAGGUCAAAUAAUUGUGCAGAUUAACUAA